AUUUCAGCAUACCGUCACCCAAGUCGGAUUUGUUAAACCCCUCACACACGUUUAUGUUUCCCCAACAAUCUUUUCCACCACAACACAAGAUAACACAAGAACCAGAGCUGCCUAUGAUUUUUAUUUAUAACAAUUCUGAGAGAGUCGGCAUAUAAUUGUACCAAGUUGAAUUCUGGUAUUGUUUGCGGAGCGAAUUCGUUCAACUUCGCCGUCGCCAUGUCCACAGCAGCACCUGACGAUGCAGUACGGACCCGACGCCUACAUGGGCGUUUCAGAAGCGUCCUGGAGGGCAAGUCCACCAUUGCCACUUCCAAAGACGCAGAACUGUUCAUCGAAGCCGUCCAAAUCCAGCAAUAUCCCGACCGAUGUGUCGAAUCUUUGAUCAGCAGCUCCCAUGGUUUGGAAGCCGUGAGGAAAUGCGUUCGGGCCGAUGUUUCGCUUAACUUUCUCCAAUCCCAUAGCCUUAAGUUGCUGGGUUAUUUCUCGCAAGCGUCAAUCGUCUCUCUAGCUGAAGGCCAGCUCAUUGGACGUAUCUUGGAUGCUAUCGUGCUGCCCCCCACCUUUUGGAAUGCACUUGUCGCUGCUUUUCUCGCCAACUUGCUCGACGAGCAAUUUCUUAAGCCCUUUGCAUGGCUUGCAUACCAGCUUGUGGCUACUACCCGAGAUAUGAGCCAUGACUUCCUUCCCGACAUCACCAAACUGAUUAAGCAUGGAUCUCUCUCGAAAGCCUCGUCGCAUGACAUUCGAGACCUGGCAUACAAGAUCGAGAAGGCAGUCAAGCUCAAAUCAAUGCCCAUGCCCGAAACGGGUCCGGGUGGAAGGCAUGACAAUGACUAUGCCAAUUUUCGAGAAAUUUCCAUCUACCCAACGGCAGACGAGUUCCUGUCUGCUGAGAAGCCUUUCUAUCGCCCUCGCAGUGAGGUCUUUGCCGAUGGCCGCGAGAAAGACGCCGAUUACGACCUCCUCUCCGCCGUCCACAUCGAUAACCAGUUCCGCCUGCUUCGGGAGGACAUGUUGGGUGAGCUCCGGAACGAUCUACAGAUAGCUUUGGGCAAACGCAAGGGUAGGCGGGCCGCGCAGGUCCUAAGCCAGCUGGACCCGGUUCGUAUUUCCUAUGGAGAUGAAAAGUGGUCGAAAAAAUGCUCCAUCGCCAUCAAAUGUUGUCAAGGCCUGACCGACCUCGUCAAUCUUAGCGACGAGCAGAAGCGCCGUCGCUUUCUCAAGGAAAAUCCCGCUUACCUCCGCAACCAAGCAUUUGGCGCCCUCGUCCGGGAUAAGGAGGUCUGCGGCUUUGCUUUCAUUGAUCGAAACGUGGACCUUCUUGCAGCCGACCCACCCGUGGUUUGCCUACAAUUUGUUGACGACAAGGCACUCCGCAGGGCACUGCUGGUGCUCAAGAACCCGCAAGAUUUGCAGUUUAUGUUGGUGGAUACGCCUGUAUUUGCUUACGAACCGGUGCUGAGGGUUCUCCAAACCAUGACAACGCCGCCUUUCGCUGCAAUCAUCAUGGCUUCCAAGUUUGAGGAAAAUGAAGACCAACUGUCUGAUAGUUUGACAGAAGUAGCGUCCAAACUCAGGGGCGUGCAACAGACCGCAGAGGGCGGCAUUCGUCUUUCUUCCAAGACAGUAAUUGACAAGUCCCAACUGGAGUCGCUGCUGAAUAUUCUGGAGCGUCCAGUCAGUGUCACUCAAGGACCGCCCGGUACUGGUAAAACAUUUAUCGGAACACAGGCAGUCAAGACCAUUUAUAAAAGGUCAAAUUAUCGAAUUUUGGUCAUCAGCUACACCAAUCACGCCCUCGAUCAAUCUCUCGAAGGCUAUCUAGAUCUUGGGAUUCCAGCCUCUGAUAUUGUUCGUCUCGGAUCAAAGUAUACGUCACGCACCGAGCCACUCCUCCUUUCCAAUCGUAACACCAAGUUUAGAUCAAGCAGUGGUCAUUGGGCACUAGUCGAUAAGAUCAAGAAUGAAAGGUCCAACAUGGCCAAUACGCUCGACACAGCGUUCAAUGACUAUUGUAACCUGUCGCUCUCAUUCCAAGCAAUACAUGAGUAUCUUGAGUUCUCGGAGGAGUCGGCGUCAUUUUUUGACGCCUUCAAAAUCCCAACCAGCAAGUCGGACGGCUGGAGAAAAGUAGGUAAAAAGGGUAAGAAGGUCAAGCCGGACUACUUAUUCAAUCGAUGGAUACUUGGCGAGGACCCGGGUGCGUUCCGCGAGCAAGUUUCUAAGGAUUGCGAAUUUAUCUGGGACAUGGAGACUGAGCUUCGUCGUGAGCACCUGGCCAGGUGGAUGAAAGCAAUGACCAUGGAGAGUUCCGAGAGGGUUGCAGAGCUCGUCCACGCCAUGAACAGCGCCCAAGACGAGCUCGACGGACUUUCCAGUGAGCGUAAAGCCGAGACGCUCCAAUCCGUGCGCAUCAUCGGCUGCACGACUACUGCGGCAGCCAUGCAAAUGAAACUGCUUCGAGCCACCAAGCCAGACGUGGUGAUCGUCGAGGAGGCGGGCGAGAUCUUGGAGAGUCACGUUCUGGCAGCACUGAUGCCUUCCGUCAAACGUCUCAUCCUCAUUGGGGACCACAAACAGCUGCGGCCCAAGGUCAACAAUUACGCCUUGACGGUUGAAAAGGGAGACGGCUUCGAUCUCAACAUGUCUCUUUUUGAACGCCUGGUAAUCCAGGGCUACCCGCACUCCACCCUGCAGCGUCAGCAUCGAAUGCACCCGGACCUGUCCUUGUACCCCCGGGCGCUCACAUACCCCAACCUACUUGAUGGACCUCAGACAGCCGCGCGACCAGAAAUUAAGGGCCUUGCCGACCGCAUUAUUUUUGUCAAUCAUGAGCAUCCAGAAGCGGCGGACAACCACAUAGCAGAGAAGAGGGAUGCCGAUGCCAAAACCAGCAAGAGCAACAAAUUCGAGGCCACCAUGGUGUUGGCCUUGGUUAGAUAUCUGGCGCAGCAGGGUUACGGGACAGACAAGAUGGUGGUUCUAACACCUUAUAUUGGACAAUUGCGUCUGUUGCAUGAAAUUCUGAUGAAGGAGAACGAUCCGGUGUUGAAUGACCUCGACUCAUCGGACUUGCUGAGCGCCGGACUGAUGACCUUCGCCGCGUCCAAGGUGAAGAAGCGCCCGCUCCGUAUUUCUACCAUUGACAAUUACCAGGGAGAAGAGAGCGAUAUCGUUAUAGCUUCCUUGACCCGCAGCAACUCCCAGGGGGACAUCGGCUUCAUGGCCGCUCAGGAGCGCCUCAACGUCCUCAUCACUCGGGCGAGGAACUGCUUGAUUAUGAUCGGCAAUAUGGAUACGUUUAUGAAUAGCAAGAAGGGCAAGGCAACCUGGGUCCCGUAUCUCGAGUUGAUGAAAGAAAAUGGCCACCUAUAUGACGGCUUCCCGGUGGUUUGCGUCCGGCACCCCGAGACCAAGGCCGUUCUCAAGACCCCCGGCGAUUUUGACCGGUACUGCCCUGAUGGUGGAUGCGCCGAGUUGUGCGACCUUCCAUUCCAUUGUGGUCUUCACAAGUGUAAGCGCCGAUGCCAUCGUCUAGCCGACCACUCCCAAACGGACUGCACGCAGCUCGUCGAAGAGAUAUGCGCCCGCCUGCACAAACGUCGAAUCCCUUGUGGCAAGAGAAAAUCCGCAUGCGAGAAGUGCCUCGAAGAAGACCUCGAGGCAGAGAGGCGUGCAAAACGGGACCUGGACCUCGAGCGCAGCAGACGCGACCGUCAGUCUGAGUACCGCCGGCAGCUCCAGGACAUUCAGGACCAGGUGGCGCAUGAGAAGCGGGUCAGGCAGGAACUGCUGGACGAGGAAAAGGACCGCGAGGAGCUUAAAAAGCAGGCCGAGAGCCUGCAACAGCUGAGGGAGUCGGUCAAGCAGGCGAAGGAAAAUCGGGCUGCUGCGCAAUCGGCGGCAUCUUUGGGGUUGGCAAAGCAGGCGUCUGGUGGACCUGAACCAGUGUCUAUUGCAAACGACAGUCCCAGCCAGGCCCGCGAUGACUGGGAGUAUCUGAAAACGACCGAGGGCGCCCAAAGUCCGCCUCUGGACGAGCUCAUGGGCAUGAUCGGUCUUGAAGAGGUCAAGCAAGCCUUUAUGGACAUCAAGAACCGCGUCGACACCAAUGUCCGCCAGAAUGUUUCUCUACAGAAGCAGCGAUAUAGUGCCGUAAUGCUUGGGAACCCCGGGACGGGGAAAACGACGGUCGCCAGGUUGUACGCCAAGUUCCUCGCUUCGAUUGGUGUGAUUCCCGGCAUAAAAUUCGAGGAGACCACGGGGGCCAAGCUGGCAAACAUGGGUGUUUCAGGGUGCCAAAAGCUACUCGAUGACGUGCUUGACGACGGAGGAGGAGUGAUUUUUAUCGAUGAAGCGUAUCAACUCACAUCGGGCAACAGCCAUGGCGGCGGUGCGGUACUGGACUUUUUACUAGCCGAAGUUGAAAACCAAUCUGGAAAAAUUGCCUUCGUGCUGGCUGGCUAUAACAAAAACAUGGAGUCCUUCUUUGCGCAUAACCCCGGCCUACCUAGCCGCUUCCCUUACGAGAUGAAGUUUGCUGACUACACCGAUGACGAACUGCUCCACAUCCUCGGGCUUAAAAUCAACACCCAGUACAACGGUGCCAUGGUUUGUGAGGAUGGUCUUUACGGACUUUACUGCCGCAUCGUGGCAAAACGCCUUGGUCGCGGUCGCGGCAAGGAAGGCUUCGGCAAUGCGAGGGCUGUGGAAAACUCGCUGGCGAUAAUUGCUCAGCGUCAGGCGACGCGGCUGGCCCGUGAAAGGCGUCAGGGUAACAAACCAGACGACCUUUAUCUGACUCGGGAAGAUCUCAUCGGACCCAAGCCGUCCGAGGCGCUGAGUAGGUCGAGCGGGUGGCAGGAUCUGCAGAAGUUGUAUGGUCUCAACUCGGUCAAGGAGGCAGUCCGGUCGCUGGUCGACAGCAUCCAGCAGAACUACCAGCGGGAGCUGGACGAGCAGCCACCGAUCGAGUAUUCCCUGAACAAGGUAUUUUUGGGGAAUCCAGGAACGGGCAAGACCACGGUUGCCAAGCUGUACGGCCGCAUCCUGGUCGAUUUGGGUCUUCUUACAAAAGGCGAAGUCAUUGUAAAAAAUCCCUCGGACUUUGUCGGCGCAGCCCUCGGUCAGUCCGAAGAAAAAACAAAAGGCAUCCUAGCCGCGACGGUCGGCAAAGUUCUUGUCAUCGACGAAGCCUACGGGUUAUACGGUGGUAGUACCCAAGACCCCUACAAGAUUGCAGUCGUCGACACCAUUGUAGCCGAGGUGCAGAGCGUUCCCGGAGACGAUCGCUGCGUGCUCCUGCUGGGUUACAAGGAUCAAAUGGAAGAUAUGUUCCAAAACGUCAACCCUGGCCUCAGCCGUCGUUUCCCCAUCGCGUCUGCGUUUUCUUUUGAAGACUUUAGCAACCAGGAGCUGCGCAUGAUCUUGAACCUUAAACUGAAGCAGCAGGGUUUCGAUGCCACCGACCAAGCCAAGAAUGUCGCCUUAGAAAUGCUCGACCGCGCCCGAAACCGGCCCAACUUUGGAAAUGCCGGAGAGAUUGAUAUUAUUCUAGAUGCAACAAAAGCUAGACAUCAAUCCCGAUAUACCAAGGGGUUGGCCAAAUCAUCGACCAUGCUGGAAGCAAUAGACUUUGAUGAGGACUUCGACCGAUCUACACGCUCCGAGACCAACAUUGCAAAGCUCUUUGAAGGGACAGUCGGCUGCGAAGACAUUGUGGCAAAACUGGAGGGGUACCAAAGCACGGUCCGGACGAUGAAGGAACUCGGAGAGGAUCCUAAAGAGAGUAUCCCGUUCAACUUUCUCUUCCGGGGGCCACCUGGAACCGGCAAGACCACCACAGCCAAGAAGAUGGGCAAAGUCUUUUACGACAUGGGAUUCCUCGCGACGGCCAAUGUCGUCGAGUGCUCCGCCACGGAUCUGAUCGGGGAGUACGUUGGUCAGACUGGACCCAGGGUGCUGAAGCUCCUCGACAAGGCCCUGGGCAGGGUGCUGUUCAUCGACGAGGCCUACCGCCUGGGCGAGGGUCACUUUGCCAAGGAGGCCAUGGACGAACUGGUCGACUCUGCCACGAAGGACAGGUAUUACAAAAAGCUCGUCAUCAUUUUGGCGGGCUACACGGAUGACAUUAACCGGCUGAUGUCCACCAACGCAGGACUGAGCUCGCGGUUUCCAGAGGUCAUCAACUUUCGCAGCCUGAGCCCGCCAGAGUGCAUGGAUCUUCUCAAGAGUCAGUUCGCCACCAAAAGGAGCAGUCUGGAAUUGAAGGGAAUCACAAUCGACCUCACUGCUCUUGAUUCACCGACGCCCGAUUUCUCUGCGGCGGUCCUGGGCAUGUUUGCUACUAUCGCGAACCAGCCCAACUGGGCAAACGCCCGGGAUGUGUUGACGGUUGCCAAAAAGACUUUUGAGAGGACCACACGCGACAAGGCAGGUUUGACCGCAAAGAGGUUGGUGGUCAGGCCGAACGACGUGCUGUUGGAGCUCGAGGCUUUCAGUAGUGAGCGUGCAUCCAGGGCCACCUCAUCAGCCGUGACGAGUAGUCUAGCAGAUGGAGUCCUCGCCCGCGACAUUCAAAAUAUUCACGCUUCCCCUGCACAUCAAAACAUGUUCAAAACGACGACAGCAACCAAGUUGGCCUCUGCUUCUCCGACGACUACAACAGAAGACCCCGGAGCGGAAGAAGGGCAAGACCAAUCGGCAACCCUCAAAACCGCUCCAUUAAUCAGCCCAGACGACUGCAGUGCGUCGUCGGGGCUAUACGCGAAGCGAGACGUGGGUGUAAGUGACGCCGUUUGGGAGCAGCUCCAACGCGACAAGCGAGAGGAGGUCCGGCGGGAGGCCGAAUACCAGUCGCUGAAGAAGCAGGCCGAGGAGGCGCGCGACGCGGACCGGGACGCCAUAGUCACGCGCUUGCUGGAAGAGGAAGAUAGGCGGAAGAAGCAGCUGGCUCUCAAGGAAAAGCUGGCCAGGCUGGGAAUGUGUCCCGUUGGAUACGCGUGGAUCUCGCAAAGCGAUGGAGGCUAUAGGUGUGCGGGCGGCUCGCAUUACCUGUCGAGGGGGCAACUCGAGGGGUUAUGAAGGUGUGUUCAUGUGUAAUCGGACUGCCAAGGGACAAAAUCUUACUGUUAAAAAUGAAUGUGCAUCGGCGACUUUCCUGUACUUGGUCAGCGAUCUGUGUCUUUGUGGCUGUUGAAACGAGUGUUUAUCGGAUGCUUUGCAAAAAUUUCAACUACGCCAGUAUUUCUCCCAGACACCC